GGAAUUUCUGAGAUGAACGCGGACAAGUUUGCCUGACAGGCUGCGCAGGAGAAAGUCAGCCCCACGCACAAACUGGCAGUGGGGAGAUUAUAAAGAGACUCUGUGAGAGCCAGGGGAGGCUUCGACCCCUCUUGCUUUGAAGAUUACAGGGUUGACGACGUCUGAAGGACAGUAAGAACAGGAUUAGAUAUUGUGUAGUAUAACCUACUUCUCUGCGCUACUACAUCUUGUCCUCUGAAUAUUUGCGCAAUGACCUUUCGUGCACUUGGAAUACAGCGGGUGCGCCUGUAAGGUCUGCAUGAAUGUGACUAAAGGGAGACAUGAGGUGUGAUUGCAGGAACUCAGAUCAGGUGGGCAGGCAAUAAGGCUUGACAGAAGAUGCAACAGGGGUUGUGGCUCAUCAGAUGGCUGGGGACAGGAAUGGCAAUCCUCUCUUUGCUAACCCACAGCUGGGGCCAGGACGCAGAAGACUGGCAGUAUGAGGAAUGUAAGCUGUCUCGGUCGGGUCCCCCUGCAACCAUAGUGACCAUUGACGAGGAGAGCCCCAACGGUACGGUUCUAGUUGAAAACAUGCAGAUCAAUGGCCGUGCACAUGACCCAGGCAGAACCAUCUCCCUGACGUUGCUGGACAACUACAAUUACUGGGUGAUACUUGAACCAAAACAGCAGAGGCUUUACCUCAACAGCACCGGACGGCGUCUGGACAGAGAUCCACCAAAUUACAUCACCACUAUUGUGGUCCAGGUCCAGUGCACCAAUGAGCUGGUUGGCACCGUCAUUUUGCACGAGGUUCGGAUUGUUGUAAGGGACAAGAAUGACAACACCCCUCGCUUUCAGCAGCCCCGGUACUAUGUUGCAGUAAAUGAGCUCACACCAGUUGGAACGACCAUAUUCACUGGAUUCUCAGGGAAUAAUGGUGCUACAGACAUUGAUGAUGGGCCCAACGGACAUAUAGAAUACAGCAUCCUCUACAACCCUGGUGACCCGGAAUCCAAUGGAACUGUAAGCGUUGCAAAUACCCUUUCUGGAUACCUCACUCUGGCAGAAAGGCUGAACUACGAAGAAAGAACUCGAUAUCUUGUUAUAGUUCAAGCCAAUGACCGUGCACCAUACCCUCCCAACAGACGUACCGCUACUACAACUCUGACUGUGGAUGUUCUUGAUGGAGACGACUUAGGUCCAAUGUUCCUGCCAUGUAUUUUGGUUAACAACACCCGUGACUGCAACCCUCUCGUCUACCGCGCUGCUAUCCCUGAAUUCACUGAACCGAGCAAACUGAAUCCACUGAAUGUGACCCCUUCAAUCAAGGCAGUAGACAUGGACAGAAACAUACAGCCACCCUCAGACAGACCAGGAAUCCUCUACUACAUCCUGGUUGGUCAACCAGCUACAUAUCCAGAGUAUUUCUCCUUGAACAAGACCACCGCAGAACUGCGUGUUUUACAGCCUAUCAGCAGAGACUUGUAUCAGAAGUUCACGCUCAUCAUCAAGGCUGAACAGGACAACGGUCAUCCGCUCCCUGCUUUUGCUGACCUCAUUAUCGAAAUUCUGGAUGAGAAUAAUCAGGCACCAUACUUUGAGUUUGCCACCUAUCAGGGCUAUGUGAGCGAGUCUUCUCCGGUGGGAACAACUAUCUCAGCCAGUGCCAACCUCACUGGCCCCCUGGGAAUCAUCGCUCUGGAUAAUGACAUUGAGGAGACAAAAGACCCCUCGGUGCAGAUUACUAUGGAUGACUACACCACCAUCUUUACUCUGACCCCAACUGGAAUUACCCGCUACUUAAAGCUUCUCAAACCUGUGGAUCGGGAGAAGCAGACGUCCUAUACAUUUACGAUGGUGGCAUCAGAUGGUGUCCAGCAGAGCGACCCAGUCACUGUAAACAUCGUGGUCAUUGAUGCCAAUGACAAUACACCCACGUUUGCUCAGGUCUCCUACAGCGUUGAAGUCUUUACAGACAUGCAGCCUGGAGAGACAGUGCUACAGUUAACUGCAGCAGAUGCUGAUGAGGGGCUGAAUGGUCUAGUAACCUAUGAGAUACUGGCCGGUGCCCAGGGGGACUUCGUCAUCAGUAAUCGCACAGGACGCAUCACUGUGGCGCCUGGUGUCACUUUAAUUGUGGGAAGAUCUUAUGCACUGACCGUUAAAGCCUUUGAUAAUGCACCGGAGAUCCAGAGAAGGAGCUCCAUCACUACAGUGUACAUUGAGGUGCUGCCACCCAACAAUCAGAGCCCCCCACGCUUCCCCCUCCUCACAUACAGCUUGGAAGUGAGCGAGGCCAUGAGAAUAGGUGCAAUUUUGCUCAAUCUACAAGCCACAGAUAGAGAAAAUGACCCUAUCACAUACAACAUUGUGAGUGGGGAUCCCCAGGAGAUUUUCAACCUCACAAAAACGAUUGGACUUCUUCUUUUGGGAAAACCUCUGGACAGAGAGACCACUGACCAGUACCGUUUGAUCGUCACAGCCUCCGAUGGCUUCCCUGGAUCAACAUCCACAACUACGGUGAACAUCGUGGUCACCGAUGUCAACGACAAUGACCCAGAGUUUGACCCCACAAUGUUCACAAACUUUACCGUCCGGGAAGAAGCAGCUAAUCUUUUUGUGGGACAAGUCACAGCCACGGAUCCAGACGCAGGAGCUAAUGGCCAGGUGCAGUACCGGAUCGUAAAUCAUCCAGACUUGUUCGUAAUCAGCACCAAUGGCACCAUCUACACCAGGGUACCUCUUGACCGGGAGCUUAGGAGUCAGUAUGACCUUGUAGUGGAGGCCUCAGAUGGAGCAGUGUACCCACGUCGAACCACCUUGACAGUCUCAGUCCAGGUCAUAGAUAUUGAUGACAAUAGCCCAGUCUUCUCCAAGCAAACCUACAUUGUGAAUGUACCUGAAAACAGCCCCGUGGGAACCAUUUUCCUAACCCUAACUGCAGUGGAUGCAGACCUCUUCUCCAAUGUCACGUAUCGGAUCAUGACUGAAUCAGCCAGGCAGCUGUUUUCUCUGAAUCCCAUCACAGGGGAGUUAGCUGUCCUUCAGACCCUGGACUUUGAGGACCUGGCAGCUAUGGGUAUGGGAGCAAAUAUCACUUUCCAGGUGGAAGCUGUUGACCAAGGUGGGGUCACACCCCCGGGGGUAGCUACAGUCACAGUUCGGAUCACGGACAUGAACGACUUCUCCCCUGUCUUUACCCAAGACCUGUAUAAGGGCCUGGUGGCACCCAACGCAGAGAAAGGAACAAUCAUCACUACUGUGUUUGCUGAAGACCAAGAUCCACCAGGCACUCCGGCCAGUUUUGUCCGCUAUAGAGUCGACCACACUAGGUCACCAUACAGUGGGAGUAUCUUUGACGUGGAAGAGUUAACAGGAAGGGUGGUCACGAAGGUCAACCUCAAUGAGGAACCCAGUCUCACUUUUAAGUUGUAUGUAAUAGCCUAUGAUGAUGGGGAGCCGGUGAAGUCGAACAGUUCUGUGGUGGAGAUCACUGUCCUUCAGCCUUCCCGCAUCCCGAUCUUCACCCAGGAAGAGUACAAGUUUCCUCCAGUUAGUGAGAAUGCUCUUCCUGGGACACCAGUGGGGACUAUUCUUGCUGCUGCUGUCAACCAGACCAUUUACUACUCCAUUGUGGCAGGAAAUGAACUCGGUCAUUUUAAAGUGAACAGCGCGACAGGCGUCAUCUCCGUAGCUAAAGGCCUGGAUUAUGAGAAUGUGACCAGUUAUGUCCUCAGGGUCCAGGCAGACUCCAUGCUGGUUGUCAUGUCCAAUCUCCGUGUGCCUUCCAAAAGCAACACAGCCAAGGUGUUCAUUGAAGUGAAGGAUGAGAAUGACAACCCUCCCAUCUUCAGCAGGCAGCUGUACAUAGGCGGCGUGACAGAAGAUACCAAGAUCUUCAGCUCUGUGCUCAAGAUAGUGGCCACAGAUAAGGACACUGGGAAUUACAGCUCCAUGGCAUACCGCCUGAUUAUCCUGCCAACAGCAGAAGGCCAAGAUAGUUUUGUCAUUGAGACGUACACAGGUAUCAUCAAGUCGGCCAUAAUGUUCCGAAACAUGCGCAGAUCCUAUUUCAAGUUUGAAGUUGUCGCUACAGAUGACUACGGGAAAGGUAACAGCGGCAAGGCAGACGUCGUGGUUUCUGUGGUCAACGCUUUGGACAUGCAAGUUGUUGUGUCGACUGUCCCACCCACUCUAAUAGAGGAGAAGAAGGAAGAUCUUAUUCGUAUUAUGGAACAAAAAGUCCAAGAUCAAAUUCCAGGUGCAAAAUUGAUAGUGGAGUCUAUCGGGCCAAAGCGUGACGGGAGUGAGGUUGAGGACUACAGUAAAUCAGACAUGAUGGUGUACGCCAUAGACCCGCUCACAAACAGGGCCAUUUCAUCCAAGGAACUUCAGGGUUUCCUCGAAGGGAAUAAGCUCGACAUAAAUAAGGAGUUAAAGCCGUACCUUGGUGAGGAAGGUCGCAUCCUUGAUAUCCGCGAUCCAGACGUAGUCGCGAGUGUGAAGAAGGCAGCUCAGGCCGUGGGCUACACAGAAGGAGCUCUUCUAGCCCUGGCCAUCAUCAUCAUCCUCUGCUGCAUCCCUGCAAUCCUCAUCGUUAUGGUUACCUACAAACAGUUCAAAGAGCGACAGGCUGAGUGUGCCAAAACUGCCAGGAUUCAGAUGGCUUUGCCACCAGGAGGUAAAGCAGCUCCAGCCGGUGCACCUACUAACCUCUAUGCAGAGCUGGGAGACAGCAGCAUACUGCAGGUUAAAAAGUCUGUCAUUGAGGAGGCCGACCACCAGAGGAAUCUUAGCACCUUUGCCUGUCGUGCCAUUGCAGCCCGCGGCAACGGAGCGUUGCACGUCAACUUACCCAAGUCGGAGAGCAACGUGACCUUCUACUCUGACAAUCGCCCACUCACCACGCACAACCCUGUCUACGCUGACAACAGCCCCCUCAGCAGUCCUGACACCUUCAUGGGCAGGGAGAGUCCAGCUCAGAGGCGGUUCUCCUUUUCCCCACCCCCUUCAGCGGGGUCAGGGUGCGUCUGGUCGAUGCCUGCCCGCAUUCGAGGAGGAGUGCAUGGUUACGAGCUGCCAAGGAGACAAGCUCUUAUGGACCCGGCUGACUGGGAGCAGCGGUUACUCCACGCAGCGCUGAGAGGCAGGGAAGGGCUGCAGAGUUUGGAUAUGCUCCAGCUGAAUGGCUGCAGCACAGAGGCCAAAUUGUCAGUCCGUGAGCAGGCGCGGCAGUUUGAGCAACAGGCCCUCCAUGAACAAACCCUAAGGCUAAACAGAGGCUCCCAGGGCUCCUUGUCUCCCAUCCUUGUCAGGAAUAGAGAUAGCACUGACACACUGGAGCUGACCCCAGAAACUCUGCUCUCCAUCAUGGAUUACCCCUACAGCCCCAUGUCUGUGGGCAGAGAUGAGCCCCCCAGCAUUAUCAUUACUCAGGGAAAUGAGUCCUGGCCCCUGACCAACCAGAAACCUACUCCUCCUGUCCUCAGAAAGUUCAGCUCCAGUAUCUCCAGUUACAUGACCGUACAGCCAUGUCAGAUCACUGUGGAGAUUAUCCCAGACCCACCAGAAAAUCCACCGCCUCCACCCCCACAGCCGCCACGACCACCUUCCCCAUCCACAUCUCCUCCCUCUAGCCCUUCCCUGACUCCACCAUUACCACCCUACCCUCCUAAACCUCAAUCCCCACCUCCUCCCCCUCCUCAGCCUACCACUAAACAGCUUGCCCCUCCGCCUCCACCUCCACCUCCACUUCCUCCCCCACCGUCCCCUUCUAGCGAUCAGUCGCGCCCAGUCGUCCAGUUUGUUCCCACCUCUUUGCCGGCCGUGUCCUCGCUUCGUCCCGUUUCAGAGCGCAAACACCCCCCUCCCCGCAUCCCAUCGGAAACUGACAUCGGGAAAAAAAAGGAGCUUAAAGGAAUCCUAAAAAACAUCCAGAAUCUAGCGGAAAUAGAGAGGUCUGUUGCCAACAUGUACAGCCAAGUGGACAAAAGUUGCAAGGUGCCCAAGUUUAACAAGAAACCACAAGUGACUGAAGGAUCAGAGGGUGCUAACGAACCGCAAAGCUCUGAUCCUGAUGAUGAGCAGAGCAUGCCAAAGCCGAACAAUCCUAACUCUGCAGUCCAAGUCAACGCAACCAAUGUGAACUGUACUGAAAAUGAAACAAGUCAAAUAAAUGUUGCAACUGAGGUUCAGGAGUCAAGUCAACUGAACAUGAACAGCUCAAACUCUGCUGAGAACAGUGAACACUCUGCCUCUCAGUCUACAGUUUUCUGACUUUGAACCUUUGUCUAUUUUCAGUAUUUCCCUUUAUACAUCUUCAUUGCCUGUUUUUUCUGUUCUUUCUGCUCUGUUUUAUUACUUUUACAUUGUGGAUAGUGUUUCAUAUGAGCCGUAGCUUUGAUUUUCAAAUGUUUUUGCGGAGACAAAUGCAUUUUUUUUUUACUUUAAAUUUUGUGUGAAAAUCCAAUUUUAGUGCCAGCUGCCAAAACAUGUACUCAGUUCUGCAACAGUGACUGUAUGCUUAUGGGCUUGCAUUAGGACAUAAAAGAGACAUGCAUAUAUCAGUUCUGCUUAAUUUCAUUGCCUGUUAUAAAAUGCCAUAGAUGAACAGAUUUAUAGCAUUUCAUUUUAAUAGAGUGAUCACUUUUUAAAUGCCUCACCUGUUAUAUUAUUUCAGUUCACUUUUAAUAUUAACAUUUCAUUCCCAAACCUACUUUGUAAUUUUAUUAACAGCAAAAGUUUCGAAGGUCCACAGCCAAAGGGUCUGUUUAGCAAACCUUUUUUGCUGAGAGGGAAGUAGUUCCUUUACUUGCUUGCAAAGAUAAGAAGGUGAAAAUUUAGGUUGCCGUUGCUUCUCCAGACUCCAAAUUAACCAAAAGAAAUAUUAUGAUGUUGGAAACAUUUUCAAAUGAGCGAAAAUUGCUGUGACUUAAAGAUUUUCCAAAGGUAUGCAAA